UCACGUGGGCGCGUGUCGAAGGUCACGGCGCCCACAAUGGAGCUGUCGGCGUACGCGCAGGGCGGGUGGCGGCUGCUGGGCGACCCCCGCCGCUUCCCCCGCCGCCCUUACGCCGCUCUCCUCCGCGCCGCGUUCCGCAGCCUCCUCGAUCACCCGCAGGCCGGGCUGGACGAUCCAGACCUGAAAGAUAUUGACCCUACGGUAUUAAAACAUUGCCAUGCUGCGGCCGCAACGUGUAUUCUGGAGGCAGGAAAGCAGAAAGCCGACAUAUCUGCUAUAAGCACGUGUCUAGAAGAAUGUAAGCUGGAUAAAGAGAGAAUAGAACAAUUUUGCACCGAAUAUCAGAAAAACAAGGAUGCAUUGGAAAUCCUAUUGGGAAGCAUAGGCAGAUCUCCUCUCCAUAUAACUGAUGUCUCUUGGCGCUUGGAAUAUCAGAUCAAGAGCAAUCAACUUCAUAAAACUUACCAGCCUUCCUACUUGGUGACCUUAAACGUAGAGAAUAAUGAUUCAGGAUCACACCCAGAUGUUAGUUUUAGUUGCACGAUGGAGCAAUUACAGGAUUUAGUUGGAAAACUAAAAGAUGCUGCAAAAAGUCUAGGAAGAGCGACUCAGAUGUGAUUGAAGGAAGGUGUCAGCCUGCUGAGCCCAAGUACUCUGAUUCCUAAGAGUGUCUUCUAAAUGACAAAUAGCUUUCAUCUCUUGAUGCAAACUGUUCAUUUUUAUUGUUUUUCUUCUUCAAGUCCUUGGAUGCGAAAUAACUUUUUUCUGACCACACUUGGUAUUCCUUGCUCAUGUCAUUUUUUUUUAAUUAACUCUUGUUAAAUAUUUGCUGGACUGUCGUGUCUUCAAAGCAUUCCUUUUAUGUUAUUCUGUGUAUUUUUAGAGUUGUCACCGAUUAUUUUUCUCUGGGAUCUAAUAAAGUUUAUGCACUCCUGUUC